AUGCUGCGCGAAGUUCGGGUAAACCUUCCACAAUGUGCUGCCAGGAAGUAUUGGCUUUCUCGGUUACACCUCUACGCUGAUGGUGUUGAGACCGUUCCGAAAGAAUUACUCGACAAUCUUUCCGGCGUGAUACGUCAAGUUAUGCCCGUACCAAAACGACUAGAUGAAUAUACUCAGGCAGAACUUGACGAGUUUCCGAAGCUUUUUGAUUGGCCCGAAGGCUUCCAUUUGGCUCCCUUGAACAAACUAUCCGUUCCGGCCGAGAAAGUCCCGAAGAAGAAAUGA